AUGGAAAAAACUUCCGAUUGCGAAUAUAUAAGGAGACCACUGAUGGGGUCAUGAUUCCACCUGGUUCACAGACUACAGAUUAAUUUUCCUUCAAUCAACUGGAACAAGCAUGUACCUCAACUUCAACGUGCUUUGCACGCUCCUCAUAGGAGUCGCUCAGGGGACGCCCCUAAUUCGGUCGCCGACGCCUCAUGCUCGGAGCCAGCAGAUUCAGUGGAGUCCCUGUGAGACCAACGGAACCCUGGCCACGGAGUGCGCUGCGUUUCCUGUGCCCCUCGACUACACCAAUGAAGCCGCUGAUGCUACCCUGAACCUCGAGCUCAUUCGGAUUCGCGCUCCGAACAGCCCUUCAAAAGGAAGCGUAUUCUUGAACUUCGGCGGCCCGGGUGAUAACGGAAAACUAAGUCUAGCUACGUACGGGCCGAUGCUACAAGCUGCGACCGGUGGCUACCACGAUCUUGUAGUGCUUACCCCAAGAGGAACAGGCAAUACCAUUCUAUUCUCCUGUUAUGCUACCGAUGAAGAACGAGCUGCAGCCUCAACUUUAUACCCGGAACUCGCUGGUAACGCAUCUGACGUCGCCCUGGGGUACAACAAUGUGUCGUCUGGCGUCUUUGCCGACACCUGUUAUGCAGCCCAAAACGAAACCGGCCAAUUUAUGACUUCAGCCUUUGCAGCGCGGGACUACAUGCGGGUUAUUGACGCCCUGGGUGAAGACGGACUUUUACGAUACUGGGGCCUCUCAUACGGUACCGUAUUGGGCGCCACGAUUGCCGCUAUGUUUCCGGAUCGGAUAGGCAGAGUGGUCCUCGAUGGUGUCGCCAAUCCACAUGAAUACCAGUUGAAUCGCGAUUUGCAGAUGCUCGUAGACACGGACAAGGUGCUUACUGGGUUCUGCGAGGAAUGCGUCGCCACCCCCGAUAAAUGCCCGCUCGCCCGAGACCGCACUGCAGCUGAGAUCGAGGAGGCCAUCUAUGAAUUGAUCGAUCAUGUGAAAUUCAAUCCUCUCCUCGUACCGGUUGCAGGCACUCCCACCCUUCUCGAGUACACUACCCUUAAGACUCAGAUUUUCAGCGUACUUUAUUCUCCAACCGGCUGGGAUGACUUUUCUGCUUUUCUCGAUAACCUCAUGACUGGCAAGCUCGAGGAGGCAGGAGAAUACCUUACCAAAAUCACAUCUGGCCCACCUAGCUUGGACGCUGAAGCCCAGUUUGGAAUUAAGUGCAGCGACUCGUACCGUACAGAUAAUAGAGAAGAGGACGUGCUCUCGCUUAUCAAGCAACGUCAUGAGCUCAGCCGAAUUGGAGGAGAUGUCUCUGACUUUGUUCUUACCCGAUGCGCGGAAUGGAAGAUCAAGCCAAAAGAGCGAUACACGGGUAAUUUCCAGGCGACGACGAAGAAUCCACUCCUGAUCAUUGGCAACACUGCUGAUCCGGUCACACCUCUUGCAGCCGCACGCAAUAUCAGUGCAGGGUUUGCUAAUAGUGUUGUGCUUGAGCAUGGUGGUUAUGGGCACGCAAGCUUGGGACAGGCAUCCCUCUGUACGGCGAAGGCCGCUCGUGCCUAUUUCAUGGACGGCACCCUGCCUGACCCGGGUACUAAGUGUGAGAUCGACACCACACCGUUCUCCGGUGAUAACGGAUGGGAGAAGGUCCUCAAAGAGCUCGCGGCCGACAGCAAAUGAAGCCAAGGGUAAUGGCCUACCAAUGACUUUCUGGAAUAGAUAAUGACGAUGCGGUUUGCGCUUUGUUCAUGUUGUUUUCUUGUGAUAUUUGUCCACUCGUUACUCUCGGCGAUCAAUUAGUCUGCUGUCUUGCACUGUUUAUAACGUAUCAAGACCCUAGUAUAUAAUUCAAGCACGCCUUAAUGUUGGAGCACCAA